UUGCAAUAGGGGAGGGGCCCAAUUUAAAAGCCUGACAUGUAGCGGUCUGUCUUCGUAUCUGCCAUAGAGUGGGCCAGGGAAGCAGGAGCCAUGUUCGCUCGCUGGGUUCAGGAAAUUCUUCGUAGCCCCCUCUUACGGCCGGGAAUCAGAAGCGGUCACCGUACUUCAGGCAUCUUUGUCCCAGUUGUACGGGGCUCCUCUGCUGCAGGAAAGAUCGCUCUGUUGGAGAGAGGCAUUAUCCUUUCAUCAGUUGCCUAUUUAGCAUUUGAAACCUACAAAUGGAAAAAAGGCCAAACAGUUGUACAUGCCAGCAUUAAAGUUGAUGAUAUAAUAGAACAAGCUGAUUACUUAUAUGGUAGCGGAGAGACGGCAAAGUUAUAUGAGCUUCUUAGCCAGUACAAAGACAGUAAUGACGCUGAACUUCUAUGGCGACUCGCUCGGGCAGCGCGAGACAUGGCACUGGUUUCUACUACACCACAGGAUGAAAAGAAGAGACUGAUCUAUGAAUCCUUCGACAGUGCUAAGAAAGCUCUAGAACUUAAUGAGCUGUGCUGGGCGGCACACAAGUGGUACAGCAUAUGCCUGAGCAAUGUCGGUGAUUACGAAGGAAUCAAAACAAAAAUUGGGAAUGCGUACAUUGUAAAGGAGCACCUGGAGAGAGCCAAAGAGCUCAAUCCAAAGGAUGCCACCACUAUUCAUAUCAUUGGGGUGUGGUGUUACAUGUUUGCGGACCUUCCCUGGUACCAAGUUAAAAUAGCCUCAGCUUUAUUUGGAACCCCACCCUCGGCUACAUUUGAAGAGGCCCUUGAAUAUUUCCUGCAGGCAGAAGAAGUCGAUCCAAAUUUUUAUAGUAAAAAUCUUCUGUUUUUGGGGAAAACGUAUUUAAAGUUAAAGAACAAGUCCCUGGCAUUAGACUGGCUAACCAAGGCCAAGGAUUUCCCUGCACGGACAGAAGAAGACAUUGAGGCAAUGGUAUAUGUGAGAUAUUGGUACAUAUAAUUUGUAUAUAUGUGCAUGUAUGGAUAGGUUGGUAAAUGUGCUUGUACAGGUGCAAAAAGAAGCUACUGACCUACUAAAGCGUUUGGGUGAAAAAAUCUGAGUUGUGCUACUUUAUUUGAACUUUCUUAGCAUUCAUUCAAACAGAUCAGUGUAUUUCCCCAUAUCCGCCGUCUCUGCUUCACUGAAAGUGCAAUACACACGUGAAUGUAAAUAACCUGCGGGGAAAACAAGAACUUCCUAUGCUGCGAUAAGGUGCCUAUAGGAAAUCUGUUUGUAAGAGUAACAAAUCUAACACAUUUGGUUUCUCCUAUCCUGUAAUUAAAUGUAUAGGAUACAAUCAUUUUA